GAGGCAGGAGAGCAAAUAUUCCAGGAGACACAAGCUUUACAGGGAGGAGCUCAACCUGACCUCCCCGUCAGCGCCACUGCCGCUGCGGCCAGAGGCAAGCUGGCUCCAGUUCCACCUGGGCAUCAGCCGUGAUGGGCUCUACCCGCGCUCCAGCCCCACCGUCAACAAGCUCCUCCAGGACAUGCAGGACUUGACCAUGAUCAGUGCCGACUACAGCCAGGAUGAGAAAGCGCUGCUGGGAGCCUGCGACUGCAGCCAGAUCGUGAAGCCCAGUGGCGUGCACCUGAAGCUGGUCCUCAGGUUCCAGGAUUUUGGGAAAGCCAUGUUCAAGCCCAUGAGGCAGAAACGGGACGAAGAGACCCCUGAGGACUUUUUCUACUUUGUUGACUUCCAGCGGCACAACGCGGAGAUCGCCGCCUUCCACCUGGACAGGAUCCUGGAUUUCCGGAGGGUGCCACCCACAGUUGGGAGGUUAAUCAACGUCACCAAGGAGAUCCUGGAGGUCACCAAGAACGAGAUCCUGCAGAGCGUCUUCUUCAUCUCACCAGCCAGCAACGUUUGCUUCUUUGCCAAGUGCCCGUACAUGUGCAAGACUGAGUACGCGGUGUGCGGGAACCCUCACCUCCUGGAAGGGUCCCUCUCUGCUUUCCUGCCGUCCCUCAACCUGGCACCACGGCUCUCCAUCCCAAACCCAUGGAUCCGGUCCUACUCGUUUGAUGGAAAAGAGGAGUGGGAAGUGAAUCCGCUCUACUGCGACACAGUGAGGGAGAUCUACCCCUACAGCAAUGGCAACCGGCUGCUUAACAUCGUUGACAUGGCCAUAUUUGACUUCCUAAUAGGGAACAUGGACCGUCACCACUACGAGAUGUUCACCAAGUUUGGGGAUGACGGCUUCCUCUUACACCUGGACAAUGCCAGAGGGUUCGGGCGGCAUUCCCAUGACGAAACUUCCAUCCUGGCCCCGCUCUCCCAGUGUUGCAUAAUAAAGAGGACAACAUUAUUACGACUCCAGCUCCUGGCCGAGCCCGAGUACCGGCUCAGCGACGUGAUGAGGGAAUCCCUCCUGCAGGACCGCCUGGCACCGGUCCUCACCGAACCCCAUCUCUUGGCUUUGGACAGACGGUUGCAGCUUAUCCUGAAAGCUGUGGGGAAAUGCAUAGACACGUAUGGAGAAGCCAAGGUGGUGGCCAACGAUACCGCGCAGCCUGAGGCUCCUGCGUCUGACAGAGCGAAGCUGACGACUUAA